AUGUAUGACCGGGCAGCAGCAGGCUCGCGAGCCUGUGAGUCGAGGCUGAGGCUGGGCGGUCGGUAUUUUAUACCGACUGAACCCAGUACAUAUUCCGGUAGCCAGAUCCUUGAUAGGAUGAGGAUCAGCGGGGGGCCUUCGGGUUUCACGUUUUUCCCCCACCCUCCCUCCCUUUGUUUUAUCCUUUCAUGCUAUUGCCACGGAUCGAUCAUGAGGUCUCGCGCCACUCUUGAGGGAGAGUGUGACAGAGACCCAUACGAUGUUUUCGUCCAGACGGGGGCAUGGUGCUCCAUCGCGGGUACGCCUGCGUUCCGGGCGAAGACGACUCCCAUCGAGUCAUGAUCAUCCCUAGAGUUCUGCACUGCAGCGAAACCGAGCUCGAAGAAGUCGCGUAUUUUUGAAAAACUACAAGACAGCUUGAACUGAAGCACGCCUGUGUUUUUAACGCAAUACACAUCAGAGAUCUUCUACACAUAGAGAACUUUUAUUGUCUGCAACCUUUCUGUCAAAUUAUUGAAAUUUAAAUUUUUCUUUGAUAAAAUAAAGGAUCACGAUCAGUGGAGGCGCUCGUUUUUCUUGCUUCACUAGAGGAGUAGGAACGCGAUAAAAACGGACGCUGAUCGAUUUACCUUCCGAUAAGCGAUACAAGUAAGAUAAUAUCUAGAGAAUGUAAGGCACUACUACUCCCUACUAUCGCAUUUCUCUUCGUUCUAGCCAGCCAGUUUGGAUGAACUGGAUGUAAACGAAAAAGCCGUGGUGCUGGCCUGGGAGCAGGGAACAAUAGAUCACCAGUUGUCUUUCCGACGAGACGUGGGCUCUGCAUUGAAAUUGAUGUAGGUCGUGCUUCGACUUCAUCUGGGAUGUCGUAGUGACGUGCGUUUGCUUUGCUGGUUAGACGAAUUUACAAUUUUGUCAAAAUGCGAUAGAGGAAUUAAUUACGUAUAAAAUAAAGGUUGUAGUACGGGAACGGACACGACGGACUCUACCCGUUCGGCAUGUGGUGGUUUCUGGCAUGAUCUACGUGUUCUUGGUGCCCGUCGCUGUACGGAGGAGGAUGUAGUGAUACCUACUAAUACUCUACUGCUUCUUUGUUCCUCUUCCCGAUGUACUUCUUGUUCACAGCACCGCGCGCUGCUUCACCAGCUUCCGUGACAUCAGCGGCUUCCACGGCUGCUAGUUCUAGAUACUCAAACUGUGUAGUAGUAGUAGUAGUAGUAGUAGUAGUACUAGUACAGCAAGCAACCAUCCAGCGGUCGUGUGAGCAGAUGUUGAAAGCUACUCAUCAUGACGUGGCUCGCUCAACACGUGCUUGAGCUGCUCGAGAUCUACUUCCACAUUUGAUAUCAACAACUACGAGGGGGAGGGAGUGAAAGAAAAAGAGGCGUCAAGGUUUACUUAUUUCUCCUUGUUAUGUGAAAUUAAAGAACUGAAAC